AUGAAGGCCCCUCCAUCCAGAAGGCAAAUCUAUGCUCCCUCCAUCCAGAAGGUCAAAUCAUCUAUGCUCUCCUCCCAUCCAGAAGGUCAAAUCAUCUAUGCUCUCCUCCCAUCCAGAAGGUCAAAUCAUCUAUGCUCUCCUCCCAUCCAGAAGGUCAAAUCAUCUAUGCUCUCCCUCCCAUCCAGAAGGUCAAAAAAUCAUCUAUCUCUCCUCCACCAGAGGUCAAAUCAUCUAUGCUCUCUCCCAUCCAGAAGGUCAAUCAUCUAUGCUCCCUCCUCCCAUCCAGAAGGUCCAAAUCAUCUAUGCUCUCCUUCCCAUCCAGAGGGUCAAUCAUCUAUGCUCCCUCCAUCCAGAAGGGUCAAAUCAUCUAUGCUCUCCUCCCAUCCAGAAGGUCAAAUCACUAUGCUCUCCUCCCAUCCAGAAGGUCAAAUCAUCUAUGCUCUCCUCCCAUCCAGAAGGUCAAAUCAUCUAUGCUCUCCUCCCAUCCAGAAGGUCAAAUCACCUAUGCUCUCCUCCCAUCCAGAAGGUCAAAUCACCUAUGCUCUUCCAUCAGAAGGUCAAAUCAUAUGCUCUCCUCCCAUCCAGAAGGUCACAUCAGUCUAUGCUCUCCCCCUUCCAUCCAGAAGGUCAAUCAUCUAUGCAGUAAACUCGCUCCCAUCCAGAAGGUCAAUCAUCUUAUGCUCUUCCUUCCCAAAUCCAAAGGAAAGGUCACCAAAAUCAUCCUAUGCUCCCGCCUCCCAUCCAGAAGGUCAAUCAUCUCCCUGCCUCUCCUCCCCAUCCAGAAGGUUCAAAUCACCUAUGCUCCCCUCCUCCCAUCCAGAAGGUCAAUCAUCUUAUGCUCUCCUCCCCCAUCCAGAAGGGUCAAAUCAUCUAUGCUCUCCUCCCAUCCAGAAUAAAGGGUCAAAUCUCUAUGCCUCCCUCCCAUCCGAAGGUCAAGUCAUCUAUGCUCUCCUCCCAUCCAGAAGGUCAAAUCAUCUAUGCUCCCUCCCAUCCAGAAGGUCAAAUCAUCUAUGCUCUCCUCCCAUCCAGAAGGUCAAAUCAUCUAUGCUCUCCUCCCAUCCAGAAGGCUUAAAAUCAUCUAUGCUCUCCUCCAUCCAGAAGGGUCAAAUCCUCUAUGCUCCCUCCCAUUUCCAGAAGGGUAAAUCAUCUAUCUCUCCCUCCUCCCAUCCAGAAGGUCAUCCCUAUGCUCUCCUCCCUCCUCCCAUCCGGAGAAGUCAAAUCAUCUAUGCUCUUCCUCCCACCAGAAAGGUCAAACUCACCUAUGCUCUCCUCCCAUCCAGAAGGUCAAAUCACCUAUGCUCCCCUCCCAUCCAGAAGGUCCCCAAAUCAAUAUGCUCUCCUCCCAGCAGAAGGUCAAAUCACCCUAUGCUCACCUCCCGCAUCCAGAAGGCAAUCACCUGCUCCCCCCUCCCUUCCAGAAGGUCCACUUCGAGUGAGAAGAGCGGAUCUGAAAGCGAAGGGAGUUAUAUUUUCCUACAUAAAUACCGUAAUGUUAUAACUACUUAA